AUGCCUGGGCCAGAGUACCCUCGCAGCAGUGAGAACAUGGUCCUCAUUUGGGGUGCGGCCGAUACGGGGAAAUCAGCCUUUGUUCAGCGAGCCUGCUACGACGUGUUCCCCCCAGAACUUGACCCGUUCGACGGCGAGGGAGACCGCAAGUUAGCCGUGGUGGACGGCGAGUCCCGCGCGCUCUGGAUAUUCUGCGUGAGCAAUAUGGCCGCUACGGGCAUGGUGGAGAGCUUCGUCAGACGGAGCGACAUGUUCGUGCUGGCCUACAGCGUGGGGUCGGACGAUUCUUUUUUCCAGAUGAACAGGGCAUACUAUCUAAUAAGGGAGUUGAGGGGUCUCUGGGCUGAUGAGCAUGUUCCAAUAAUCAUAAUCGGCAACAAGUGCGACCUCCCCUCGACGAGGAGGGCUUUGCCAGGAGGGAGGCGGCGGGGCUACGGGUCUUCCUCCCACGACGAGGUCAGAGUUGUGUCCUACGAGGAGGGUGCCUGUUUAGCUGAGCAGUUGGGGUGCCCAUUUUUUGAAACCUCGGCCAAGGAGAACAUUAAUGCUAGAGGACCUGCGAAGAGAGACGAAAAGAAGGUCGUGUAG